AAUGGCGGGCUUUUUUUCCGAAUAAAUUGUAGUAAACUGAAUAACAAUGUCUGACAAAGAAAGUGAUUGGAAUGUACCGAGUAGUGACGGCGAAGAGGACAGUGCUGAAGCUGCACAAAUCCAGGGUGAAAAGAAAUGGGAGAUUCCCUUAAAAGUUCUACAACUUUACAGCGAGAUCGAGAAGAACGGGUAUAUAGAGUUGAAAGUUCAAGAAUACAGAAGUAUUAGUGGCGGAAACAAUGUCGUUAGCGAGACAAGAGAGCAAGAAAAUAAAGAAGCUGAGGACUUUGGUGAGGUGACUGCUGAUAUGAAAACUACUGGAACCGAUGAGACUUCAACCGUCCCCAAAACAGAAAAAGAAAAACCACAUGAACCAUCAGCAUUUGAUUACACAGAAGAGUCCAUAGAUGAAACGUCACUUAUAACCAGAAAAAUUCCUAAGACUGAACGGUUACAAAGGAAAAGAGUUGGAACACUAGAGAAUGUCAUUUCUGAUUUAAAAAGAUUCAGAGACAUGAACAACAAGGAGCCUACAGAUAAAAAUGCCACUCCAACUGAAACAAGAGCUGCAGUGCAUGAAGAGCAAACAAAACCUCAAGAACGUGGUCUGGAACAAUAAAAUUGUGUUUUUACUCAGAUGGUGUAUCUGAGAAAACAGUGCAACAAACUAUAUUUCAUAGAUAAAGGGGGUCAGUUUCAAAGAAACUGUGGUGCUGCGUCGGUGGGGGUAACAAGGUAAUUUGGUUAUACCAACUAAAUUGAAAUUGUA